AAUGAGUAAGAUCAUAAAGUUGAAAAUAGUAAAAAUCAUAGCAUUUAUAUGAUGUAUAGACAAAUAUAACAGAAGGUUGAUCCAAGAUGGUCAGAAUGAUAACUGAUCAACUGGAAUGUCGGCAAUGUCGGUCACCGAUUUCAACUUCCGUUUUCCAUGGACGGUUCAGCCACUGUUACCACAUUCCCUUCGCCCACUUUUCUUUCCCCCCCAGUUUCCCUCUCGCUCUUCUCCCUCCUCUCUUUCUCUUUUUCUGACUGAUAUUUUAACUAAUCCUUCUUCCCCCCCCAAAAUCCUCUCCUGCUUACGAGAUCACCACCCAAACCCAGUCAUCUUCAUAACAAUCCUUAGUCUGCUUAGUACUCACGCAGCUAAUUCCCCUCGAACUGCUUACCUCAUCGCUGCUCCUUGUCUAUCAAUCGAGAUUCCCCCCAGUAUUGGAUCCUUUGCUGUCUUCUCCUGGAUAUUGUCCUUUUUUCUAAAAAUCCCCGACUGAUUUCAGCCUUCCUCGGCCUGAAUUGGUGGUGAUCCGUGUCUCGGGCGCGUCCUCUACGUGAUUGUCCAUACCUCUCGAUGCAGCCUACACUAGCUCCGGCGCCGCAUCCAAGCAUGCAAACUUCUGCUCAGGUAAGCAACUG